UCAUGCUGCUGCCAGGUCCAGAGUCUCUCAUGGGUCCCUGUACGGCCUCCCAUUGCUGCUGUCUCCAUCGCCACACUCUGCCAUGUGCCACUUUCAGGUCUCCUCACACUGCUGGUGUGUUCCAUUUUUUGUCAUAGGGUGCUGGCAGAUUACGGGCCUCCCAUAGCUGCUGCCAGGCCCCUAAUCUGCCAUGGGCCCCUGUACCGCCUCCUCAUGCUGCUGCCAGGUCCAGAGUCUCUCAUGGGUCCCUGUACGGCCUCCCAUUGCUGCUGUCUCCAUCGCCACACUCUGCCAUGUGCCACUUUCAGGUCUCCUCACACUGCUGGUGUGUUACAUUUUUUG